UCUACCAUGAGCACUCCGCAGGCACUCGUGCUCCUCGUCCUCGUGGCCACGGCGGCGUUGGCUUCCGAGACGAAGAAGCAGGCGAAGAAGGAGGCCACCGAUAGCAAGGACGCGAAAAGCAAAAGAGGAUUGGAAUUGAGUUUGGGUGGUCAUGGCUUUGGCGACUUUGGCGGCGGAUUGGGAGGAGGCCACGGAGGAGGAUACGGUGGUGGCUACGGAGGGGGCUACGGAGGGGGCUACGGAGGGGGCGGAUUUGGCGGUGGCGGAUUUGGCGGUGGCGGUGGCGGUGGUGGUGGAUUAGGAGGUGGCGACGGGGGACGUAUCAGUUCGAUUACGAUCCACAGAGAGGUUCAAGUCCCAGUACCAGCACCAUAUCCGGUCGAGAAGAAUAUACCGGUUCCAGUGCCGGUGCCAGUCAAGGUCCCGGUCGAUCGUCCUUACCCUGUACACGUGCCUAAGCCUUACCCAGUGCCCGUGGAAAAGCACAUUCCGGUGCCGGUCGAGAAACCGGUACCAGUACCGUACAAGGUUCCCGUAAAGGUACCGUACAAGGUACCAUACCCGGUCAGCGUACCUGUAAAGGUACCUUACCCUGUACAUAAGGAGGUACCUUAUCCGGUUAAGGUUCCCGUCGUCGUCAAAGAAUCUUAUCCAGUAUACGUCCACGGAGGAGGUGACGGUGGUGGCUACGGUGGCGGCUACGGUGGCGGCUACGGCGGCGGCGGCGGCGGCGGCGGCCACGGCUACGGAGGUGGCUACGGAGGUCACGGCUUGGAGAUUUCCGAUUUCGGUGGAUUGCAUCAUUGA